GUCAUGCAUGCACAACUCACAAUCCUGUAAAUGGUUUAAAUUAAAUAAACUCACCCAGCACACAUGUUCAUGCCAGCCACUCCUCACAAUGUAAUCUGUAAUAAAAAGGGCCAUCUUGUCCAUGAUUUGCUGGCUCACCGCAGGGCAUAGACGUUUUGUAAGACUUUUUGUAAGCAAACCACCGAACAGAAAAAUAGUUAAAAAUCUGCCCUUAUUGAUUUUCCCAUCUGCAAAUUCUGCAGCCAUCACAGAUGUGAAAUAGUUCUCAAUAUCUAGCAAACUGUUAGGGUGAAGAGAGUCCAUGUGGGGGCUUAGCUCGGCCUCCAUUUUAAGUAGCAAGGGGCCUAUCCCCACCGCUUCUGGUUUUCCACAGGCCUGCCGAAUACACCCCAUAGCAAGAGAAUAAACAUGCCGAUAUUCCAUCUUGCUGCCCGUUUAGGUUCUGAUUGGGGAGGAUAUGUCUGAGCAUGUCCCUGGCUGGGUAUUUUGUAUAUAUUCAACAGCACUCACCAAAAAACAAACAAAGAAAAACACCACCAAAGAAGAUGAGCAUAAGGGAUGAUGAAAUGAGCAAUCUUCUUGAUAUCUCUCAAGAUAUGGAAACUGUUGUUCAACCCCCUCGGCCUGGGAGAGCCACUUUUUCGCUCUCAAAGAGUUCGGACCCAUAUCUCAUUCCAAAGGAUGAGGUUUUCACAUCACAGGCUGUUAGAAACAGAGUACCUGAUGGCAUAGGGCAGAGAAGUGAUGAUAACAUAGUGGACCUGACAAAUACCCAGGACGGGUUGCGGAAUCUGACUGAGAGUGCUCUAGAGGAAGAACCUGAACCAGCCCCCACACGUCUAAGCAGAUUGAAGAGAAAAGCAAAGAGUAAGGAUGUAGUAUCCCAUGAACAGCAUCAACCCGGACACAUGGCGCCCAGGGACUCCAACGUGGAGGUGCAGCCAGCCUACAAAAAACCCAGAAGGGCUAUCCUGGAACCUGAACAUGAACCGGGGCUCCGUGAUGUCCAAGAGCUGAACUUCCAAGAUAACGAGUUCUUGGCCAGCAUGGCACGUGUUACAGAACACAUAGAGACAUUGAUAAGGACUAGGGCUGUGGCUUUUGAACGCAAGGCCGAAGCUGAGCAACACAUUGAGCAAGCAAAACGCAUCAUACGUAAAGAAAUGGCCGUGAUUAGUGAUACUUCACAACAGCUACAAUGUCUAAAGACACGUGCAAACCCUGUGUGUGAUUUCGUAGACAGAAAUAAAAAAGAUCAACCAUACCCUGUCUGCAUACAGGUGGGGGGAGGGUCCGCAUCUAGCCACCAGCCAGGAGGGUAUAGGAAUGCUUCUGAUUCUUCAGACGAAUUUGAACCAUCCGAGGAGUCACCUAGUGGCCCCGGUCCUCAGAAUGCUUUUACUGAACAGUGUGAAACCCAGAAUGGGUCCUCUCUAAGUGAGGCUUCAGAUGUUGGCCCGAAUGCCACCCCCAAAGAGAACUCGGCAAAGAUUUUGUUAAACAAGCUGAGGCAGAAUGCUGCAGUUACAGCGUGGGAUGAGCGGGGGCGUUUUGUCUAUAAGGGGACGGCUGUUGACGGUUCCAACAUGGUGGAUCUGAUCAAGGCAUUCACUCAAGUUCAUACCCUGCAUUCCAAACGCUUCCCUAAAGGCUGGGAUUUGUUCAUGAACGGUUUGGCAGAGUUAAAUGUGCCUACCUCUGUGGCAGGAAACCAGACCAUCACGCUAGUGAGGAGCCGCUUAGCCCACGUGAUCCGUAGGCUCAAAGUGGACUGCACAGAGUCCAAGGUCCAGCUGGCCUGUGCUAAGAUGAUUUCCAGGCUCACGAUGCUGCUGAACCUCUUCAGUGAGAGAGAAUACGUCAAGGAGACGUCCUCCCUGUGGAAGUCAUACUGCCGGCCUAUGAAGAAUGUUGCCAACCUGGCCACAGGAAAUCCAAGAAAACGGGUGAAUCCUGAGAUUGCAAGCCAGGGAAUCUCAGAAUAUGGCUAUGGCAAAAGGCUGUUUGCUAUUUCAGUGACUGCAGUGAUAACGAUGAUCAUGGCAGUAAUUUGCCUGUUUGAGUCUUCCAGUGCAGGUUCUCCAGUGCUCGGUAAGCCUCUUCGGCUCAAGGAGAGUGUGGAUAAAGUCGGGGGAAAGAAACAGCAUGAUGAGGACUCCUCAGGAGACAAGGCUAUAUUCAGCCGGGAGAGGUAUAAAUGA